UCUCAAAAGCCAAAGCCUCUGAACGAUUCCAAGAUCUGUAGAUUGUCACUGUACAAGUACAGGGGGAUUGAGACAAGGUUUAGGUAAAAUCUCAGCUGUAGACUUUUCCCUUUCAGUUAAGCUGUGGUUGUUGUAUCAUCUUCAUGAACAAGGUCUUCUGUCUCUCCGAUGUCUCGCCAAACUCUUCUUUGGAUCUUUACAAUUCCACUUCUUUUCAAUUUAACAUCAUCGCUUGAGUUCAUUUUCAACACUGACUUCAACUCCACCGAUCUCCAUUUAUACGGCAAUGCCACUAUUCAAGAUUCCAUUCUUUCUCUCACAAACAGAACCGCUUUCUCCAUAGGACGUGCUCUGUACCAUUCAAAGAUACACACACAACAGCCCAACUCAUCUAGAGCACUUCCCUUUUCUACUUCCUUCAUUUUCUCCAUUGCCCCUUAUAGGCAUCAUUUGCCUGGCCAUGGCUUUGUCUUCGUCUUCCUUCCCUUUACUGGAAUACGAGGUGCCAGCUCAUCUCAGCAUCUGGGUCUGUUUAACUUAACCAACAAUGGAAAUCUCGAAAACCAUGUUUUUGGUGUUGAGUUUGAUGUGUUUGAGAACCAAGAAUUUAAUGAUAUCAAUGACAACCAUGUUGGUCUUGAUGUAAACUCACUAAAAUCCUCUGCUUCAGCUGAUGCGGGGAUUUGGGAAGAGGAAGAUGAUAAGAAGUUUAAACAGUUGAAGCUUAAUAAUGGUGAGAAUUACCAAGUUUGGAUUGACUAUAAUGAUUCAAGGAUUAAUGUUUCUAUGGCAAAGGCAGGGAGUAAAAGGCCUAAUAGGCCUUUGAUAAAUGAGUUUCUUAAUCUUUCAGAGGUUCUUUUGGAUGAAAUGUAUGUGGGUUUCACGGCAGCAACUGGACAGCUGGUUGAGAGUCAUAAGAUUUUGGCUUGGAGCUUUAGUAAUUCAAAUUUUUCUAUUGGAGAUGCUUUGGUGACAACAAAUUUGCCAUCGUUUGUGCUUCCAAAGGAGUCUGUGUUUCGAUCAAAAGGAUUUAUUGUUGGAGUUGGUGUUGGUGGUGUGUUGGUUGUAGGAUGUGGACUUGUGAUAUAUGUAAGUUGGAAGAGGAGAAUGAAGAAAAAGGGGGACAAGGAGGAAAUUGAAGGUUGGGAAUUGGAGUAUUGGCCACAUAGAAUUGGCUAUCAAGAGCUUUAUGCAGCAACAAAAGGUUUUUCUGAAGAAAAUGUAAUUGGAUUUGGAGGAAAAGGAAAGAUCUAUAAAGGGGAAUUGCAAGGAGUGGAAGUUGCUUUGAAGAAAAUCUCUCUGGCGGGUGAACAUGGGAUGAGAGAAUUUAUGGCUGAGGUUUCAAGCUUAGGUAGACUGAAGCACAAAAAUUUGGUGGGUUUGAGAGGUUGGUGUAAGAAAGAGAAAGAAAGCUUAAUUUUGAUUUAUGAUUAUAUGGAAAAUGGAAGUUUGGACAAGAGGAUUUUUUGUUGUGAUGAGAGAUUGACCUUAAGUUGGGAAGAGAGGCUCAAGGUUUUGAAAGAUGUGGCUUCCGGGAUCUUGUAUUUACAUGAAGGAUGGGAAUCUAAGGUCUUGCAUAGGGACAUAAAGGCAAGCAAUGUUUUACUUGAUAAAUAUAUGAAUGCAAGAUUGGGAGAUUUUGGUUUAGCCAGAGUGCAUCAUCAUGGACAAUUAGCUAGCACAACCCAAGUGAUAGGAACUGCUGGGUACAUGGCACCAGAAAUGGUUAGGGCAGGGCGAGCGUCGACUCAAACUGAUGUUUACAGCUUCGGCAUUUUGGUUCUAGAGGUGGUUUGCGGACGAAGACCUAUUGAAGAUGGCAAACCAAACUUACUUGAUUGGUUAUGGAGGCUAUCAGAGAGAGGUGAAUUGCUUCAUGGCCUUGAUAAUCGGUUGAAAGAUAGGGGUGGUUACAGUGAUGAGGAAGUAGAAAGAGUGCUUAAUAUGGGUUUGUUGUGUUCACAUCCGGAUGCAAAGAUGAGGCCAGCAAUAAGGCAAGUUAUGAUGGUGCUUGAGGGGCCAGUUGACAGUACUGAGCCUGAAGAGGAAAGCAUGCAAGUGAAUUUGCUGGGGAGAAUGGAUGCAACUGCAAUGAGGGUGCAAUUGAACUGUGGUAGUAGUAGAGGUCACCCAACAUUUAAUGAAAUUCAUCAUACUUUCUCUUCUUCUGCAUCUCUGUCCACUUCAGAUGUCAUCCUAGAAGGGAGGUGACCUUGUGUUGAUCAUAUUUUAGUUAGUUUUGAAAAGUAUGGAGUGAUUGGUGCUCAAACUUAUUCAUUCAAUUUGAUAUGAUAACAUCUGAUUAAAUGAUUUUAAAAUAAGAAAAAAGUGAAUAAUUACAUCAUUCAAUCAUAGGUUAUCAUCUCAGUUUGUAUAAUUUGUUUGUACUUAAUGUUUUAUUAUAUAUAUACAAUCCUGAUCUUAGGAUCUUCAAAAA